AUUUGCAAAAGCAUGGCGACCGAAUGUGCGUACGGCCGUACGCUGCCGAGACGAAAAUUGCUGCAGGCUUGCAGCAACCACCGGCCGCGCCUUAGUUCAGGCUCAGGCCCAUUGGAGGCUGUCAAACAACAACUAUAGCACCAAAUCUCGGAAAAGGUAGAAUUGAGCCCAGAUAAAAAGCCCACAAAAGAAGCCCAAUUUUCAAUUUAGAAGGAAUUUCUUUAUCUUGGACUUCCAUUGACCAAUUUAGAAGUACAAAGAAUAUUAAAAAAGGAAAGUCGAAAAGUCAACCAUUCGUCCCGGCCCGCUAUGUAGUGUCAAAAAGGUCAACCCCUCUCUACACCAUCCACGGCUCGGGCGUCUUCCCCGCCACCCGCUUUCCUCGCGCGCGCAUUGCCAUCCCCCGCGGCGCGCUCCGCCUCAAACGCCAGCACCGCACGUCCCCUCCCCUCCAUUUGCCCGGACGACCCGCCCCGGCGCAAGAAUCCAUCCCGAGCGAUCAAUCGCGAGGCAAACCAUGGCGCCGAGCAAGCUGCGCCAGGCGCUGGGCGCGGUCAAGGAUCAGACGAGCAUCGGGCUCGCCAAGGUCGGCAGCGGCGGCUCCGUGGCGGCGGAUCUGGACGUGGCCAUCGUCAAGGCCACCUGCCACAGCGAGUCGUUCCCGGCCGACGAGCGCCACAUCCGGGAGAUCCUGGCGCUCACCUGCCUCUCCCGCGGGUACGUCGGCGCCUGCGUGUCCUCGCUGUCGCGCCGCCUCGGCCGCACCCGGAGCUGGGCGGUGGCUCUCAAGACGCUGAUGAUCGUGCACCGCGUCCUCGCCGACGGGGACCCGGCGUUCGAGCGGGAGCUGUUCUACGCCACGCGGCGCGGGACGCGGAUGCUCAACAUGUUCGACUUCUGCGACCGCUCCCGCGCCGACGCCUGGGACUUCUCCGCGCUCGUCCGCACCUACGCCGCCUACCUCGACGACCGCCUCGAGCACCGGAUGCAGGGAAGGCACGGCGGCGGCGCCGCCCCGCCGCGCGGGGGCAGGCCGCUCCGCGAGGAGAUGUACUACGCGUCCCCCGGGAACCGCUACACCUGCGACCUCACCUUCAACGGGAGGCAGCAGGACGACGCCGUGGCGGACGCCGAGGCGGACAGGGCGCUGGCGCUCGUGGCCAGGGACCCGCCGACGAGCGAGAUGACGGUGGAUCAGCUGCUCAUCAAGGCCAACCAGCUGCAUCACCUCCUCGACCGGUUCAUCGCUUGCCGCCCCGUAGGUGCGGCGAAGGCGAACCGGGUGGUGGCGGUGUCGCUGUACCCGCUGGUGAAGGAGAGCGUGCAGCUCUACUGCGAGCUCACGGAGGCGAUGGCCGCGCUCAUCGAGCAGUUCGCGGAGAUGGAGACCGCCGACUGCGAGCGCGUGCACGCCCUCUUCUGCGGCCUCGCCAAGCAGAUGGAGGAGCUCGGGGCCUUCUACUCAUGGUGCAAGGACGCCUGCGUGUGCCGCCAGUCCGACGUCCCGGAGGUGGAGGUCGUCACGCAGAAGAAGCUGGAGCUCAUGGACGAGUUCAUCCGCGACAGGCACGCCGCGGCGUCGCAGCAGGACUUCCCGCCUCCGUCGCCGUCGCUGGUCCUCGUCGAGGAGGAUAUGAACGCCACCAAGGCCCUUCCGGCGCCCGAGGAGCCGGCGGCCGCGGUGCCAGAGGAGGACACGGUGCAGGCCGAGCCGGAGAAACCGCUUGUCGUGGCCGACCUGGCCGACGAGGAGGCCGACUUCCUGAACCUGAAGGCGGAUGCCAUGCCCGCCGAUGAGCACGGGCAGCAGCUGGCGCUGGCCCUGUUCGACGGCAACCCGGCCGGGUCGGCGCCGAGAGCCGAUGCGUUCGACCACUCGGCGGCGGACUGGGAGACCGCGCUGGUGCAGUCGGCGAGCGCGCUGGCGAGCCAGCGCGCCGAGCUCGGGGGCGGCCUCAACAUGAUGGUGCUGGACGGGAUGUACAGCCACGCGAAAGCCAACGCGGCGGUGGCCGACGCACAAGCGUUCUCCGGCAGUGCUAGCAGCGUGGCGCUGCGGCCGCCCGGGGCGCCGAUGCUGGCGUUGCCGGCGCCUCCGGGAGCCAGCGGUGCCGCUGCAGGGGCCGACCCUUUCGCCGCGUCGGCGCUGGUGCCGCCUCCGACGUACGUUCAGAUGUCCGAUAUGCAGACGAAGCAGCAGUUUCUGACGCAGGAGCAGGUAGUGUGGCAACAGUACGGCAAAAAUGGCAUGCAAGGGCAGGGGGCCUUGGCAAUGCUAGAGCAGCGGCCGCAACAGCAGCUGCAGAUCCUGCCACAUGGAGGCUACAAUUACCCAGGGUAUCGUAGGAAGAGUUAGAAUUUGCAUUCACUUUCGUUGUUCUCUUUACGAUGUUGCAAAUGUUGAAGCAAACGAGAAGAUCGUUAGAGCAUCAGAGUUAUCAGACAUUGAGUUUCGAAAUAGUUUGUUAUCAAAUGGCGUAGUCGUUCAACCGAGAACAAUAAAAUGCUAGGCACUUCACCGCAA